GCUGUAGCAACGUUAUUUCUCUCUCACACACACACACACACACACGCACGCGGACCUCAGUGGGCCUGUCCUGAGCAGGGGUGUGUUCUGUUGUGUUCUGUUUAGCUGCUUGUGCACUCCUACAGCUGUUUUUCAGCCACUGACGGCCAUACAGAAGAAGACACACGGGUUAAGCGCGGGCAGCACUAUGACUGAUGGGGACUAUGAUUAUUUGAUUAAACUCCUGGCUCUCGGUGACUCAGGAGUGGGAAAAACAACCUUCCUUUACCGCUAUACAGACAACAAGUUCAACCCCAAGUUCAUCACUACCGUGGGAAUUGACUUCAGGGAAAAGAGAGUGGUGUACAGCGCUAACGGCCCUAAUGGGACAACAGGAAAGACGUUUAAAGUUCAUCUGCAGCUCUGGGACACAGCAGGACAGGAGAGAUUUAGAAGCUUGACGACAGCCUUCUUCAGAGACGCGAUGGGAUUCUUGCUCAUGUUUGACCUGACGAGCCAGCAAAGCUUUCUGAACGUCCGCAACUGGAUGAGUCAGCUACAGGCAAAUGCAUACUGCGAAAAUCCCGACAUUGUUCUCAUUGGAAACAAAGCGGACCUGGCGGAUCAAAGAGAAGUUCAGGAGAAGCAAGCUAAAGACCUGGCAGAUAAAUACGGCAUCCCGUACUUUGAGACGAGCGCAGCGACGGGCGCAGCAGUAGAUAAAGCCGUGGUCACUCUGCUCGACCUGGUCAUGAAGAGGAUGGAGCAGUGUGUGGAAAAGCCGGAUAAGUUCGAGGCACCUCAAACAGACAGCACCAGCAAACUGAGCGCCGUGCCAACAGCAGAGAAAAAAUGCGCCUGUUAGAAGUUGCCUUAUUGCGCCCUCCUGUGCACGGAUGCUGGAGUUCCAGCUCGGUCCUGUACGUACGUAUGUACUCAGUGUGGUGAUGAAAGCAGGGCGCUGGAUCGGUUUGUAAAUGCAUUUCAAAUGUCUCAACACUUCUUUCUCGUUUGUAGUACAUCUAGUGCACCUUGAAGAAAAAAAAAAAUCUGGUUAAUAAGCUGUUGGUCUUUUUCCACCUCAUGAUUGGUCAUUAAACACCCAUUUAAGCAAUGA